GUCACCCUUUAGGCCACACAACGGAUGAUAUUACCGACGUAAUAUAUGCAGACACUCAACCUGUUGGACCAGAAGCACCGGGACAAGUGGCGGAGUAGCACCAACACGCUCAGUAGAAAUCUUGAACUCCGAUAUACGCUCUGAAAUCUUGUCGGUCUUGAUAUAUUACGUCCACUAGUGUGUGUUUGUGUGUGUCAAGUCGGUGCUGUAUGUGCGCGCUGAUAGGAAUCCUGUGAUAUUGCGGUUUUAUCCCUGCACAAACGGUUCUCUCUGUUCAGCGGAAUAAGGCAACGCUAGAACCACAAUGUUGAAAACUGAGAGCGUGCACAAACUGAUGCCGUCUGAAGUGUGCGACAAGAUCAAGACGGAGGUCAUGGGACAGCAGCACCUGAGCGCCACGUCGGAAGGAGUCGAACCCACUGUAACUCUGGAGGAUCGGGAACUUUGGACCCGCUUCCAGGCUCUCACCAACGAGAUGAUUGUUACCAAGUCCGGCCGGAAGAUGUUCCCUGUGGUGAAGGUGUCUGUUGGGGACCUCGAGCCUUCGGCCAUGUACUCCAUAUUUCUCGACUUUGUCCAGGUCGACUCCCACAGGUGGAAGUACGUGAAUGGGGAAUGGGUUCCUGGGGGCAAGCCCGAGAUGGCCCCGCCGUCAGCCGUCUACAUGCACUCCGACUCCCCGAACUUCGGCAGCCACUGGAUGAAGGACCCCGUCUCCUUCAUCAAGGUCAAGCUGACCAACAAGUCCAACAACAACGGCCAGAUUAUGCUCAACAGCCUGCACAAGUACGAGCCCCGCUUGCGGGUGGUGCAGGUGGUCCAGGUGGAUAAGGAGCAGCAGCAGCGGAUAAUCUCCUGCCACACCUUCCCUGAGUGCCAGUUCAUCGCUGUCACCGCCUACCAGAACGAGGAGGUGACGCAUCUCAAGAUCAAGUACAACCCCUUCGCUAAGGCGUUCCUGGACCCGAAGGAGCGGCCAGACCUCCACGGACAGAGGGACAUGAUGGCCGCCUACCCCCACACACACCACCAGCAGUAUGGAUGGUACAUGGGAGGCGGGGCAGGGAUGUGCAGCGGGGGUGUGGCCUACGGACAGGCUCCGCCCUCAGGGGUGGGGCUCGCUCCGCCCCCCGUCACGCUCUCCUCCCGCAUUGCUGUCAACAUGAGGAAUCACCGGGUGGUCCCCUACACCUCCCCCACCCCCAGGACCUCCAGGACCCCGCCUGCGAGCGGCAUGUCUCAGCAGCAGCCUUGCGUUAGCAGCUACGGCCUGGCUGGGCUGACAGCGGAGUGGAGGCAGCAGUCGUGGGGGCACCAUCAUCACCAACCCUCCGUUACCGUCACGCCUUCCACCGCUGUCACCCCCGCACACUACCAGUGGUCGGGUCUUCAGAGCGGCUACGCCCACCCAUCUCACCACAGCACAGGCUUCUACCAGGGAUACCAGCAGUGUGGAGCCCCGGCAAUAGGUCUCGGUAACGCCUCAACGUGCGCAGCACCUUCACACAACGCCUACCACGCCCAGCGCUCCCCACAAGAGGCUCUCACGCCUAUGGCUACUUACUCCGAUACCUCCACUAGCCAGGGUUUCACGACCAGCCGCUCAUCUCCCACAUACGAGUCAGUGCACGUUCUGGGCACCAAUGCGGGGAUUUACAGCGCUGGUCGCCUUCACGAAGACUCCUCCGAUCAUCACAGCACCGGGGACGGAUCUCCACAGUCGGUCGGGUCUCCAUCUCUCAGCCACACUACCCAGGCUGACAUGUUCAUCCUACCCGACCUCGGCUAUCAUAGUGGCCUCACUGCCCCCCACACUGACAUGACGCGCAUCAAAGGAGAAAACCUCAGCGACUCUCUCAGCGCCUACAGCAGCGCCUCACCACACGGGUGGAGUCCGCUCUCCCCAGCCUGCAUGUAAGAUUCCACAGCACACCUGUUUUCUGCUCAGGUUCCCAAAAUAGCAUUUAAUUUGAACUCUCGCAUCUAAGACCUAGGUGGAUGAGUCACCCAUUUAAGACCUAGGUGGGUGAGUCACCCAUUUAAGACCUAGGUGUGAGAGAUGCCCAUGCAAGACUUAGGUUUAUGAGCCAAACAUUCAAGGCCUGGGUAAAUAGACCAUUAAUUAUUUAGGUGGUUGAGCCACCCAUUCAUUACCCGAGUGAGUAUACCAACAAUUAUUUAAAGUGGGUGAGCCAAUCAUCCAUUACCUAGAUACGCAAACUGCCAUUUAUUUAUAAAUGGAUAAGUCACUCAUUCAAGAGCUAGGUAAACAAACAAUUAAUUGUUGAUAUGGGUGAGUCGCCCAGUUAUGCAGGUAGAUGUGCUACUCAUCCAAGAUCAAGGUGGGUGAUUCCCUUUCCCCCACACCAACAAUUAAGUUGGUGAACCAACAUCCAGGCUGCCACUUGCGGGCCGUUUCUCCAUUCUCGAACUUGCCCCUUCAGUGUAGGGGGCACCUGGCCACACUACACUGCCUGUGUACUCUAGCAGGUGUAACCUCCCAGGAAUACCAACAAUUAUUGAGCUAUUUAUGCUACACUUUGGCCUCUUAGUCGUGUUAAUCUUGAUAGUUUAAGUUUUGUAUUGAGGCAUUGUAAACCCAGAGUGGAUUCAGGGUGCCAUACACUAAGUAAAUUAAAUGUACAAAGUGUAUAUAAUAUAUAUAUAUUUUUUUGUAUUUAUGAGUUAUCCAAAAUAGGCUGUGUAAUUUAAAACAAUCAAGUUUUACUCUGUAUUGUGUUGUAUUUUUCAAAGAAUGUUUGUGUGGUUGGGCAAUAUUGCAAUGUAUGUUAUGUAAAUUUCCGGAGAGAUGUGUGUUCAUUAAACACUGGUGUGUGCGUAGUGUGGAUGAGGACCAUGCCAGAAACCUUGUGUGUGAACGGCUGAGAGAUUGUAAGAUAAGCUGAAAGUAAGUCCCACACCUUCCUCCACAAAAUAUAAAUGAUAACUGAUAA